UUAAUAUUCUCUAGAGCACUUUAAAAUUUGAUUUCAUCAAGCUGAUCUUUCAACAGAUUUAAGCUUUCUGUUACUAUUUAGAUUUUAGUUCCCACAAGAAAGGAAGGGUUGCAGACCCUAUAUAACACUCCUCAUCCUUCAACAAACUUCAAGCCUUGUACUCAUAAUUUUCCUCCUGCUCUCAUAGAAACCCAUAAACAUGAAAAAGAGUUAUCUUGCAUGGAUUCUCAUCCUGUUAUAUGCUCAAAUACUCCUACCAAGCUUGGUUCAAGCAAAUCCCCAGAAAUUGGAGCAAGAAAAUCACAGCACAAGCAGAAAAGUGGAUUAUGAUGCAAAUGCUCAUGAUAAAGCAUUUGUAGCAGAAAAUGAAACAAUUUGGACAAAAAAGGAACGGUCGGGGAGAGGACCUAAUGGUGGUCCAUAUGUGAAUCAACAUCGACCCAAAAAAAAUGCAGCAGCACUGUUAUAUACACCUUCGUUGGUCAUUUUUAUGAUGUUUUUUUCUCCUACCGUCGCCUUUGCCUAGAUGUUUUGUGUGAGCUUAGAACUUUAUCUCUUUCAGCUCAUUUUGGUGUUGGGUUUCCAUAAUUUUCUCGAUUUGAUCAUGGCUGUAAUUACACUGACGUGUUCUGUUUGAUUUUAUUAAUGUUCAAGACGUACUUAAUAUCAA